AUGACAUCGGCAUCAGAAGUGAAGACAGAAACUGCAGUGGUCGCUCCUCAUGUUUCUCCUGGACCAUAUUUAGUCGAAUACCCUUAUGAGUAUCACUUCAUCAUAAAUGAGCCACAAAAAUGUGAGCAGGAAAAAACUUUUGUGGUUCUGAUGGUUCCCAUAGCACCAAACAAUAGGCGAGACCGUGACAUCAUCCGCAGCACCUGGGGGAACGACAGGGUUGUGCAGGACAAAGUGGUGACGCUCUUCUUUUUACUGGGGCUACAGACGGGGCCGGGAGCAGAGCAGGUCCAACAGCAGAUGCUUCAGGAGAGCAACAAGCAUCACGACCUGAUCCAGAGCAACUUUGUGGACUGCUACAAGAAUCUCACCAUUAAGACCAUGGUAAUGCUGGAGUGGCUGACUGCACACUGCUCCGGUGCUUCUUAUGCCAUGAAGAUUGACUCAGACACGUUUCUGAAUGUGCACAAUCUUGUCAAUAUGCUCUUGAAUGCUAAAAAAACAAACUACAUGACUGGACUUGUGGCGCGAAGGGCUACAGUACUGAGAGAUCCACGCUCUAAGUGGUACGUACCACCUGACAUUUAUGCACCAGCUCUGUACCCCGUCUAUGCUCUGGGCCUGGGCUACAUUAUGUCUUUAGACCUCCCUAAAAAGCUCACUGAGGCAUCCAGACAUGUUAAAGCACUUUACAUUGAGGAUGUGUAUUUAGGGACAUUAAUGCACCACCUGGGCAUCUCUCCCACUGACCCCCCAAGCGGCGAUUACUUCCAUGUUUAUCCUUUGGCAUAUAACCGAUGUCACUUCUCCCGUAUAGUAGCCACCACAACUCAUCCAUCCACUAACCGUGUGCACAUUUGGAAAGAUUUAAAAAAAACAGGCCCCUGCUGA